ACGUCUUUGGACUGGAAGCAACAUAUUCUAAAGUAGUAGGAUACAUAAAUUUUGUUCGAGUCGGAAGGAUUGGGAGCAACCCAAAUCUCCAAUCAGGCCAUUCAAAUUCUUCCUCUUGCCAACUCUCCACACGAUUCGUCUCUGCUUCUAUUUCCUCCCUUCUUCUAAUCCAUUUCACCACCUUCUUUAUUACUCUAGCUUUACUCUUCACUCCUUCCCCUCUAUAUCUAGCCGAAUUUGAAACUCCAACACCAACACCAACCCCAAUGCCAAGUUGCCACCGGAACUCCGGCAGACAUUGCUUGAGUUCCAUCCGCAAUGGGUCAAAAAGCCUCCAACCGCCCGGGAUGCCCGCCGCCUUAUAACCAGUCCUUCUUAAGAACGAACUUCGAUUUCCGAAACAGAAACUGAACGACUCUGUGGAGUGACCCGCUGUACAUAAAGAUUCAUAGCUCUUCGCUGACACCCUUCUAGCAAUCUGACAUCUACAGAAAUGACUUUGAGAAUGAGGACUCCAAUAAUGAAACCAGAAAGUUGCUUUUUUCAAUUGUUUUGGAGAAGAAGGCCAUGUUUUGAGAGUGGAAAUAAUGGUUGUAUUGAUCUAUUUGGAAGCAAAUUAUUUAGUGAUGGCUAGUGUUAGCAUCAUAUGACCAUGAUCCAUAUAAGUGAAGAACAAAAUGUGAGAUUGUCUGGUUUUGCUUUCCAUGUCGCUUCUGAAAGAUUUGUGAUGAUGGAGAAGGGAUUGAACCGGCUUUGUGGAGUGAGCCAGGGAUAUGAUAAAGAUCCAAAGCUCUUCCUUCAUGAUUAUUGCAGUCAUCUUCAUCUGAUUCAGGUCUAUUGGGUGUCCCAGGUGCUGGGAUCGGUGAAGGUGGGAGCAGGCACCGUUACACUGGGCUGCGAGGGAUCGCCGGGGAUGGGUUCGCAGGCUGAGACCGUAUUGCAGGUUCUCCUUUGUUCUUCUCGGCCAGAUCUGGUCUGGUGCUGCAGGCGGGUCCCGGUUGAGAUCGGUGGGUCUUCAAGGGCGGCACCGGUGGACAAGCUCGGGGCUGUGCUGCGCUGGGAUGGGGAGCAGCUGUAACUGGAUCGAGGGCCUGGGCGGAGGCCGAUCUGGGCUCGGUGGUGGGGUGUUGCUGCAAGGUGGGCUGCUGCAGGUCGGUGAUGCGCAGGGGAAGAGGCCGGUUUGGGUGGGAGGCCGUGCGCGAUUUGGGAUGAGGCGGAGAUGCAGGUGCAGCGCCUGUCAGAGGAGAUCGGUUUGGGUGACUUGCGGCCGGUGAGGGGAGCGCUGUUGGAUUGGAGGCCUGUGGGGCUGGCGGCCGGUUUGGCCGGUGAGGUG